GAUGACACACACACACACACAUGCUCACCGUGUUCCUCAAAAACCCUGAAUGACUCUCAUUUCAAUCAUGAUGAUGCAGCUGCUUUGCCGAAACACUGAUCCAAAUGAUCUUAAUCCACAUAAUUGUCUGAGAAUAUCCCACCCAUGACUUGUCGUCAUGUCAGUCAGUGAAAGCAAAAGCUAAUUUGACAUGAUUCCAGCUCCACCGAGUGUAAAUUAUUCCUUAACCUGAGAUUUGGCUCUACAUUCUACUGUCAUGUUGUUGAUAGAGACCGGUAGAAGUGAUCCUUUGACUUGCGAUCCUAAUUAAGCUAAGCAACAUCUGUUUGGAUGUAUUAUCCUGUACCUGCAAAUCUCAGUUUAGCAAGUCAAAUGAUGAUGGAUGCUAUCCGAAUGAUUCUGACUUACACAGAGAUGUUUGUUUAAGAUAUAUGGUAAAACAGUAACAAGUUGGGAGUGGGAAGUGCAUGUUUGAACCACCCAAUUCCCAUAUGAUCCUUAGUACAUUCCUCAUUUUAAUAAGCUUCCAAGCCCAGCCAUCAUAAUAGCUGCAGACAGCCUGUUCGACUUCAUCCGGUACUUGUUUCAAGCCAAGAAGAAGCAAGCUCAGUGAGGUCAUGGAGGUGGGCGAAUGGAAAGGCAGCUCAGCUCAGAUCACUCUUGUACUGUUGUGGCCACAGGGUACCAGACAUGAGCACAUGUGUAGGACAUUCACAACCUCUUCUUCCCCCUACAUAUAAUGCUCUUUCCAAUAAAUCUGUUCCAAAUGCACCACUUCCCAAAAUUCCAACCCACAUAUCACUUCUUUAUUGCCAUCCCCUGACCCUCUCUUUCAGAAGCUACCAAGAAGCAGAAACCCAAUUCCGCAAGGGAGGGAGGGAGAGAGAGAGAGAGAGAGAGAGAGAGAGACGCAGCUGCUGCUUUAUAUAUGAUCCGAGACCUCCUCAGCUGCAUUCGGCGCCAUGGCCAGCCGAUGAGAAUAGCUCCUCCUCCUUGGUGUUGUGCCCCUCGUCUCGCGUAGAACCGCCUGCUUCUCCUCCACGGCCGGAUCGAUGGUGAUGCCCAGCUGCGAUCCCAACGACCUCGAGGGCAGCACGCGACUCAUCGAGGACCUCACCGCCAAUGCCCGUCAGGUCCAGCAGCAGGUUCUGAAUGAGAUCUUGACGAGGAACGAGGGGACGGAGUACCUACAUGGUUUCCUCCGUGGCCACAAGGGCCGUGAUCUCUUCAAGAAGAAGGUGCCGGUGGUGGAGUACGAUCAGGUCAAGCCUUACAUCGACCGUCUUGCCAAUGGGGAGCCGUCUCAGAUCAUCUCCGCCCAGCCCAUCUCGGAGCUGCUCACCAGCUCUGGGACUUCUGGCGGGCAGCCCAAGAUGAUGCCUUCCACGGACGAAGAACUGGAUAGGAAGACCUUCCUCUACAAUCUCCUCAUCCCUGUGAUGAAUCAGUACGUCGACGGGCUGGACCAAGGGAAGGGCAUGUACCUCCUGUUCAUCAAGCCGGAGAUCAGCACGCCGGCCGGCCUCACCGCCAGGCCCGUGCUCACCAGCUACUACAAGAGCCGCCACUUCCGGAGCAGGCCCUUUAACAGGUUCAAUGUCUACACCAGCCCGGACGAGGCCAUUCUCUGCCCCGACAGCAAGCAGAGCAUGUUCUGUCAGCUCCUCUGCGGCCUCGCCCAGCGCGACGAGGUUCUCCGAGUAGGCGCCGUCUUCGCCUCUGCCUUCCUCCGCGCGAUCAAGUUCCUCGAGGACCACUGGCCGGAGCUCUGCUCCAACAUCAGAACCGGGACCGUCAGCGACUGGAUCACCGACGCAAGCUGCCGCGACGCCGUCGGCAGAAUCCUCCGCGAGCCCAACGCGGAAUUGGCCGACGUGAUCGAGUGGGAGUGCAGGAGGGAGCCCUGGGAGGCGAUAGUUAGGCGGCUAUGGCCGAGAACCAAGUACGUCGACGUCAUAGUCACCGGAUCGAUGGCACAGUACAUUCCGCUGCUGGAAUUCUACAGCGGCGGCCUGCCAUUAGUCUCCACCAUGUACGCCUCCUCGGAGUGCUACUUCGGCAUCAAUCUGCGCCCACUGGACCUGCCAUCGGACGUCUCCUACACUCUCCUCCCCAACAUGGCCUACUUCGAGUUCAUCGAAGCCGACAAGACCGAGGGGGGGGAGACCGGCAGCGUGGAGUGCAACUACACCGGCGAUCUCAUCAAGGUGGUGGAUCUUGUGGAUGUCGAGGUCGGCCGCUACUACGAGCUCGUCGUCACCACAUUCACAGGCUUGUACAGGUACCGAGUUGGCGACAUCCUCAAGGUUACGGGGUUCCACAAUGCUGCACCGCAGUUCCGCUUCGUCCACCGCCGCAACGUCGUCCUCAGCGUCGACACCGACAAGACCAACGAAGAGGACCUGCUGAAAGCCGUGACGCAGGCCAAGCUCCUGCUGGAGCCACUCGGCUGCCUCCUCACCGAGUACACCAGCUACGCCGACACCUCCUCCAUCCCCGGCCACUACGUGCUCUUCUGGGAGCUGAAGACCAAAGCCAGCUCCGAUCCUUCCGACGUCGACUCAGCCGUGAUGGAGGACUGCUGCUCCACCAUCGAGUCGUGUCUCGACUCCGUGUACCGGCGGUGCAGGAGCAGGGACCGGUCCAUCGGGCCGCUGGAGAUCCGGGUGGUGCGCCGCGGCGCCUUCGACGCGCUGAUGGACUACUGCGUGUCGCUGGGCUCGUCGGUGAACCAGUACAAGACGCCCAGGUGCAUCAAGUCGAGGGAGGCGAUCCAGCUGUUGGAGGAGAAGGUGGUGGGGAAGUUCUUCAGCAGGAAACUCCCCUUCUGGAAGCCCUACACGAUGAUGGAGGCCAAAGCCGGUUGAUCCAGCACUGAUGCCACCACCACCCUCCUUCGUUUACUGUCUCGAUGUGUAAUUCUUGUCCAAAGACCACUUUGCUCUAGUGACAGUACUGUACUUUUAUUCCUACUAUCCGAUACACCGGACCGAUGAUUAAUGAAUUCAAUGAUCGAUCGAUGGGGUUCA